UUUACGCGGUGGGGGGGGGGUCCAAUGGAAGCCUUCGUCGUAAAGUGGAGAAGACAAUCGAGUGAGAUUUAAGCUGAUAAAUCUUGACACAUUCAGUUAAUGUUAAUAUAAAUCUGGUUUUCCCGCCUCGGCCCGGAGCCUCCGUUCUCCCCCGCCUGUCUGGGAGCCGGUGACCCGCCGGUAGCCGCCGCUGUUCGGCCUUGUUUAUAGUGAUCAGGUCGGUGAGGGAAGCAGCAGGCCCGGCGCCGCUGCUGCCGCUGCUAACGGCCCAUUGGGCUCCGCUCUGGGACGGAUGCUGUUCGGCUCUUUAGCUCAGCCAAGAACAUGAACCAGAUGCAACAAUGACGUCCAGAUUUGGGAAAACCUACAGCCGCAAGGGAGGGGAGGGCACGUCCAAGUUUGAUGAGGUCCUGUCCACCAAAAAAGGCACCCUCAGUACCAAAUGGGGAGACACCACCUAUAAGGCCAAGGUGGGCUCCAAGCGAGCCGGCGCUCCCAGGAACGACUCGGUCCUGGAGGUUUACAAGAAGCCCCGCCCCUCCGCAGAUGGCCAGGACGACCCGUUCGGCUUCGACAGCGAUGAGGAGUCUAAACCAGUGUCGUCCCGGGCAGUUAGCAAGUCCUCGCCCUCCAAGCCGGCCUCAGCGGAGCCUCCGCAGGCGGAGAGGCCGAGCUUCUCCUCGGAUGUGGGGAGCUGGUCCAGCUUUCAGGGAGGAUCCCACACGGCGCUGUCGGCUGAAGAGACUCUGUGGCCCUCUGGGAAUGGGAAUCAGCUGAGAGUGAUGGAGGACACCGCCCGGUUCUUCAACAGCACCACAGCAAACACAGGAACGUCAUGGCAGAACCCGGCGUUGCCGCAGAACCAGCACAGCUACUCGUGGUACCAGAAUGCUUCAGACAGCGAUAAGCAGCCCCUGUCCCAGACCACCACCCUGAAGUCGGGCUCCAAGGCAGAAUCCACGUAUGACUCCUGGGACGCCAUCGUGGGGCUCCGCCCACAGUCGCCAGUUCAGGAACCUCGGAAGCCGGCCCCCUCGCUCUCCUGGGGUUCCGGUGGUCUUAACUCAGUGCAAAGCCUACACAGGAAGCCCCCGUCUCCUCCACAGCUGCAGCACCUCGGUGAGAGAAACGACGUAAUGGGGGGGUCUGCCCCCGCUGAGAAAUUCCCCCAGACAUCCGCCUCCGUAUCGCUGGAAAGGAACUCCAACUGCCGGACGUACAGGAGGCCCAACAAGCAGGGCUCUGGCAAAGCCCCGGACUCCAGCAGCUUCGACGACGCAGCCUUUGGCGUCACACCUGAAGCCCCCCAGACCAAAACAACAGGCAGGGGAGGGGGCCGAGGCAGGACGAGGGACUGCACAGUGCUGCAGCCCUCAUCCAUUUCCAUGACUAACGUCACCAACCAGGACAGGGGCAGGGAGGAGUUCCCUGCCGAUGCAGCGCCCCCUAGCGUUGGCCCCUCAGGAGAUACGGCAGAGCUUGGAGAAACGGGAUGGCAGCGGAAAAAGACGGAAGCGCAGCAGCCGAGUUCUCUUGUCAGGCCCAAGCAGACCAAGUCAAAGGACGACCUGUUCGGCUUCGACGACACGGAUUUCGAUCAGGGGGAAAACAGCGGCGACAGCACAGACGGCAGGUCCAGCUACAAAAUCCAAUACUUUGGCUUCGAUGACAUGAGCGACAGUGACGGCGCGGACGGCGACUCUGAACCCCACAUGAGGAGGAAGGUUAUGCAGCCUGCCGUCUCCACGGUGACCCCAGCGCUUACGGCGAAGGAGGCGAUGGGCGACGAUGUUCCAGAUCCGUUUGAGAGGCUGGAGAGCAGAGAGAGUCUGCAGGUCUGGGAGAAACCAGCCAGCAGGGAGAGCAAGAAGACCUCUGAGAGGCUGGACAGGAAGCCGCAUCGAGGUACGGUGGACUUCUCAGAAGACAGCCUUCGAGUGCUGGCGAGCGGUCCCAGGAGGCCGGCCAUGGGCAAGCAGGCGGAGAAGAACCCCGACACGUUACGGAGAAUCUUCAGUGCACACAAGAAGUCUCCCACCAAAGCCGUGUACAACGCCAGACACUGGACCAUGGAGAGCGAGGAGGAGCCGCCGCCGCCUUUCUUCUCUCGUUCACAUUCCAACCCGGCGACCGUGGCAACUGGGAGCUCCACCAAGGAGCCCGCCGAGGCCCAGAGGGACGACGGGGUCUUCAAGGCUCCGCCCCCUCCUCCAAAGGUCACCAAGUGUGUCACUGUUCCCACAGACCCGUACCAGGACACGGUCACAGCACUAAAGUGUCAUAAAGAACACAAAGAGCUUUACACGGUGGUCCAGCAUGUGAAGCACUUCAACGAUGUGGUGGAGUUUGGAGAGAACCAGGAGUUCACCGACGACUUUGAGUACCUGGCCACCGGUCUGAAGAGCGGGCAGCCCCUCAACACCCGCUGCCUCAGUGUGAUCAGCCUGGCCACUCGCUGCGCCAUGCCCAGCUUCAGGAUGCACCUCCGAGCCAGAGGGAAGGUAGCUCAGGUCUUCAAGACACUGAAUGACGCUCCUCAGCUCCCGAACCUGGCUCUCUGCACGGCGGCGCUGAUGUACAUCCUGAGCAGAGACCGGCUGAACAUGGACCUGGACCGAUCCUGUUUGGACCUGAUGAUCCGGCUCCUGGAGCUGGACCAGGAUCACGGCGCCGGGACGGAGCCGGACUCCAGCAUCCAGUUUAGUGCCAAAGAGCUAGCAAAGAUCAAGGAGAAGAUCCGGAAGCUGUGCGACACGGUGCACAACAAGCACCUGGACCUGCAGAACAUCACGACGGGACAUUUGGCCAUGGAGACGCUGCUGUCCCUGACCUCGAAGCGAGCAGGGGACUGGUUCAAAGAGGAGCUGCGGCUGCUGGGAGGACUGGACCACAUCGUGGAUAAAGUGAAAGAGUGCGUGAAGAACCUGGACCAGGAGGAGAAGCUGGUGUCGUCGCUGUGGGGAGCAGAGCGCUGUCUGCGGGUGCUGGAGAGCGUGACGGUCCACAACCCAGAGAACCAGAGCUACCUGAUUGCCUACAAGGACUCGUCGCUCAUCGUCUCCUCUGCAAAGGCUCUGAGGAGGUGUGAGCAGAUGAUCCAGAGGUACAGCCGGCAGAGCAGCUCAGAUGGAGCGCCGUUGGGGAAGGCGGUGGAGGACUGCAUGAGGGCCAUCAUCGGAGUCCUGCUCAACCUGACGCACGAUAACGAGUGGGGCAGCACCAAGGCGGGCGAGCAGGACGCUCUGAUAGAGACGGCGCUCAACUGCGUCCUCAAAGUCCCCCAGUUCCUUCUGCAGGAGCAGAGAUUCGACAUCAGAGUUCUGGGUCUGGGUCUGCUCAUCAACCUGGUGGAGUACAGCGCCAGGAACAGGUACUUCCUGAUUGAGAUGGAGAUGGAGGGGGGCCAGGGGCCCUGUGACUCCACCGUCCUGCUUGGCGAGCAGCAUCAGGACCUUGGCAGCAGCGGCGGUCCACUCAGCGCCAUCGCUGCUCUGGUGCAGGUACGGUUCCCUCCUGAGACGGCUCAGAUUAAACCUCAGGGAGGCGCUCUGAUCCAACUCCUCCCGUCUCCUCAGCUCUUCCUGCAGCGUGAGCGAGCCGCCGUGCUGGCCGAGGCGCAGACCGAUGACCUCAUCAAAGAAGCCCCGAAGCCCGCGCUCGACCAGAGCGGGGAGUGGCAGGAGACCGGAGGAGAGAUCCAGUGGGUCGCCAACGACAACGCCUCUGAGAAACAGGACGAAGGCAAGAAGAAGGACGAGGAGGAGGAUGAGCCGCUGGAUCUGAACAAAGCUCUGCAGCACGCGGGGAAGCACAUGGAGGACAGCAUCGUGGCGUCCUACACCGCCCUGCUGCUGGGCUGCCUGUGCCAGGGGAGCCCGAUGAAUGUGACGACCGUCAGGGAAAACCUGCCGAAAGGAGAUUUCUCCAUCAUGACAGAGAUGCUGAAGAAGUUCCUGAACUUCAUGAACCUCACAUGUGACGUCGGCACCGCGGGACAGAAGUCUAUUUCCCGGAUCAUCGACUACCUGGAGCACUGCUAGAGCCUGCUGCACACACUGGGACAGGCUCCGCCUCCUCCAGUUAUAGGCCCCUCCCACCGCUCCCCCUGAGCCCCCUCCACCUCUGCACCAGUUUGUUCCCCAGGAUGUCUGUUCUCUGACUGGUUUCUGCCUGGGAUGGAAGUUCUGUGAAGGUUCCAGUCUGACCUGAGUGUCUGCUGCCCCCGCCCCCGCCCCCCCCGGGUCCCCAAAGCUUCAAACAUCCAGAGAUGAUGCUCCUCUC